AUGAUGAGAGUCAAAGCACCACCUCCUUACACUGAACAAACAACAGUAGAAGCGCAAGUCGUGACAACUCAGCCACAGUAUGUUAUCACUACCCAGUACGCGCAGAAGAGCUGGAAAGUCGACUACCGAAGUUUGAGUUGGUGUGAUGGACAUUGCUGCUCCGCUUUUUGGUGUCCUUGCUGCGCGCAUGGGAGCGUCUCGCAAAUGAGUGGCGGCGGAUAUGGAGGACCCUGUUGCUUGCGAUUUUGCUUUGGAUUCAUCGCGGUCUUUUUCCUCGUCGAAGAACGCGAGCGUAUGCGCCAAAGUCAACAAAUAACAGAUCCGCCUGUUGGUUGCUGCACUGUCUUCUGGUGCGAGUCUUGCAUUUUGGCAUCUAUGCUGUAUGAAGUCGGUCAUUAG